AUGGAUGCAUCUUCAUCGAAAACAACUUCUACGCGGAUGAAUUCCUAUAAACACCAUGGGAAAGAUCUCAGCGAACUUCGACGUCAACGAACCCAAUCAAAUAUUACACUUCGCAAAAAACAACGCGAGGAACAAAUUCAAGUCAAACGAAAUUUGCCUGCUGAAGAGAGUAUGACAGAUGAAUCUGAUAACGAUGAGAAAUCCAAUCAAACAAAGGAUCUCAACGACCUUGCUAUUCGAGCUAGAAGCGAAGAUCCAACAGUACGUUUUGAAGCGAUACAUGCAGUGCGAAAACUCCUCUCGAUGGGUCACCAUCCGCCAAUCAAUGAAGUGAUUCAAAUGGAUUUUCUGUCUCUGUUUGUUCGCUAUUUAACAUUCGAUCAAUAUCCCGAUCUACAAUUCGAAUCUGCUUGGGCAUUGACAAAUAUCGCAUCCGGUGAUUCACAACAAACACAAGCUGUAGCUGAUGCUAAUGCUUUGCCAUAUUUAUUACGUCUUCUGCAAUCACCACGUGACAAUGUUUGCGAACAAGCAGUUUGGGCCAUAGGAAAUCUUAUUGGUGAUGGUCCGACACUACGUGACAAUGCCGUUGAUUUAGGUAUUAUUCAGCCAUUAUUGAAAUUUAUUCAAAAGGAUAUUCCUGUUAUUUUUCUUCGAAAUGUUACGUGGGUUAUUGUUAAUCUCUGUCGUCACAAAGAUCCUCCGCUGGCGUUCCACGCUGUAGAAGAGAUUCUGCCAGCGAUAAAAUAUGUGCUAAAAUACACUGAUAUGGCUAUUCUGAUUGAUUCAACAUGGGCAUUAGCGUAUCUUCUCGACUGUGGGAAUGCUAUGAUUCAAAUUGUUCUUGAUUCGGGCGUUUUACCCGAUAUAAUCAAAUUGUUAGCUCACACAGAAGUUCGAAUUGUCACACCUGCACUCAGAGCGAUUGGAAAUAUUGUAACCGGUACUGAUGAGCAAACGCAGUUGGUUCUCAAUCAUGGAGUACUUGCUUAUUUUCCGAAAUUGUUACAACAUCCGAGAGAAAAAAUAAAGAAAGAAGCUGUUUGGUUUCUAUCGAACAUAACUGCUGGUAAUAAAGAACAAGUACAAGCUGUGAUUAACGCACAGUUGAUUCCCGAUGUCAUUCAUCAUUUACAGAACAGUGAACUUUCUAUACAAAAAGAAGCAGUUUGGUGUAUAUCAAACUUAACACUAAGUGGCACGAAAGAACAAAUUCAGUACAUCGUCAGCCAACAUGUUGUAGCUCCUCUCUGUAAUCUAUUACAAAAACAAGAUGUUCAAAUGUUGCAAGUUUGUCUCGAUGCUCUACAUAAUAUACUCAAACAAACACCGGAUGAUGAUCUGGAAACUGUUAUCAUGGAGAUUGAAGAAUGUGGCGGUCUUGAUAAGAUCGAAGCACUGCAAAUCCACCCGAAUAAAGAUAUCUACCAACAAUCAUACGAUAUUAUUGAUAAAUUCUUCCCAAACGAUUCGGACGAUGACGAUAUGCUGUCAGCGAAUCUAAAUACUGAAUUUUCAUUUGGAAACUCGAAUGAAAAUUCCUCUAAUAACAACGCCCAGCCGUUUCAGUUUUAA